AUGACUCAAGUACGAACCACCAAUGAGCAUGUAAAGAGAAGGAAGAAAGGGAGCGAUCAGCAGUUUAAAUGUCAAUUUAUCAAUCCAAUAAAUCACAGGAAAUGUGGAUUGCAAGUGCGAAAAGGAAUGAAGUAUUGCUUUGCACAUCUCAAUAAAGUAGAGCAUGACAAAAAUGCCGAAACUAAAGUAUUCAGAAUUAAUAAGAAAGGAGAAAAGAUUGGUAGGGUAAGAUGUCCACUCGAUCCAUCACAUACAGUUUGGGCGGAUAGGCUUAAAAAUCAUUUGGGUAAAUGCAAUGCGGUUAGAGCCAAACGUGAGGAGAAAGAGAAGCAGAAGACAUGCGCUUGGUUUGAUCUAAAUUGUAAUGUGAAGGGGGAGAUCUGUGGAGACAUGAAGUUAGGAGAUGAGAGUGUGGAUAAAGAAGAGUUCAAACUUUUUAUCGACAAGACUCUCAGGAAGUAUGAUGAUUUUUUUGGUGAUAAACCUGAGCUAAUGUUAGAUCAGGUGCGUUACCAAGAGGGUCUCGAGGAGAGGUCUGAGGAAAUCACAAAUAAGAAGCAUUUUAUUCAGCAGUCAUCUCUUAUAGGCCAGCUGGUCAAGCAUAAACUUUUCGAUAAAUCUAACUUAUACGUGGAGUUUGGUUGUGGAAGGGCAGAAUUUAGCAGAUACUUAAAUUUGGCUUUGUAUAAAAGUGCUUCUGAUCAAGGGGUUCAAAAUAAUGUGGGGACAAAGUUUCUUAUGAUUGAUCGAGAUAGACCUAGAAUGAAAAUGGACAAAAAAAUAAUUGAGGAUAUCAGAGAGAUAGAUAAUAAGAAUCUUCCUGUGGUUCAUAGAUUGAAGGUUGAUAUUAAGGAUUUACAAUUAGCAAAAGCAAUUGAUCUAUGUGGUAGUGCUGAUGUGGAAAAAAAUGAGAGCAAGACAAAUUAUGUUGGUAUAUCCAAACAUUUAUGUGGAGUUGCUACAGAUCUUACCUUGCGUUGUCUGAUUAAUUCUAUGGAAGAGGAAAAGAAAGCUGAGCACCCUGAAUACCAAUUUAAAGGAUUUCUGGUUGCCAUGUGUUGUAGACAUUGUUGUUAUUAUCCUUGGUUAUUAAGGGAAUCCAAGGAUUUUUUGAAGGAUAACUUUGAUAUAGAUUCAACUAAUUUCAAAUACAUUCGCAAGAUGUGUCCAUGGGCUACAAGUGGAACAUAUCACAAGGGAAAUGAUGAUGGCAGUGAACAUUUUUCCGGAUUAACAUUGGUUGAGAGAGAAAAGGUUGGUUUGAAAAUGAGAAGAAUUAUAGAUGCUUCUCGAUGCUUUGCUAUGAAAACAUAUGGAUUUAAUGUACAAUUGAUUAAAUAUGUUCCUAGGGAUGUUACGUUCGAGAACAACUGCAUGGUGAUUACCAGUAAGACAAAUUUGGAACAUGAAUAG